AGCGUCAUGUGGCGUGUUUUGAGUAAAUCAGAUGGCAAUGUUCCACUCACUGUUGGAAGGCCCCGAAAAGUUGCUCAUUGUUUUGUUUCUGUGUAGGAAAACAUGAAUUUAAAGUCUUCCCUCGGAUGCAGUCAAAGUGGAAAUGGGACAAAUACCACGCGGGACUCCAUAGGGCCUCCAUGCCGUGUUGCUGUGUCAGGGCUUCACACACAAUCGUGGCCGUAGAGUCUUUGGGUUUGGUCAGGUAUAAAAGACAUUGUGGCAUCGUCACCAAAGUGGCAUCACAGGUGGAGGAGGGAUCCACACAGCAAAGACAAGCAUGGGACGGAUCACCUUCUUUGAGGAGAGGAACUUCCAAGGACGUUCCUACGAGUGCUUGAGUGAUUGCUCCGACAUUUCAUCCUACCUGAGCAUGUGCCAGUCCUGCCGGGUUGAGAACGGCUGCUUCAUGGUCUAUGAGCGGCCCAACUUCCUGGGUAACCAGUACUUCAUGAGGAAGGGCGACUAUGCCGACUCCAUGAGCCUGAUGGGCAUGAGGGACUGCAUCAAGUCAUGCCGUGCUAUCCCCAUGCAGCAAAGAGGCCAGUUCAGGAUGAAGAUCUUCGAAAGGGAGAACUUCAGAGGCCAGUCCCAUGAGCUGCAGGAAGACUGCGACAACAUCAUGGACCAUUUCCAUAUGAAUGACUGUAUGUCCUGCCAAGUGAUGGAUGGCCACUGGCUGUUGUUUGAGCACCCUCAGUUCCGUGGCAGGAUGAUGUACGUGAGGCCCGGCGAAUACCGUAGCUUCAGGGAGAUGGGCCUGAGCAGCAUGAGGCUCAUGAGCAUGAGGCGCAUCUUGGACAUAUGAAAGUUGUUCUGUGGUAUGUUUCUCUCAAAAGACCAGAAAUAAAACUUUUCUCAAAAA